UCAGGUUAUACCUCUUGUAUUUUUGGGUUAUAGCACCACAUUUGAACCUAAAUUCAAAAAGUGCAUGUUUGAAAACAUUAAAGUCUUGCGACCGUAUGUGUAUUUCUAACUUAUUUUCUAAAAAUAGAAGAUCUUGCCAAAAUGCAGCACAAACUGCAGGAGUUCAGUACAAUGAACGAGAAAUUCGGACAAUUUUUUAAGGUAGUGGAAGCAAAGAAAAGUUGGAAGGCAUCAGAAAAGAUUAAGUGUUUGCUGAAUUUUAUUGCCAACGAGGUUCUAAUUCAUCCCCAACACUUUGAGUCGAUUUUGGAGCAUUUUGCCAACGAAUUCCCCAAGUUGCUUUCAACAGCAAUAACCUUCACUAACGAAUACCCCUUUAACCAGCCAAGGCAUAUAGUUAAUUGCAUUCUGCUGUCAAAGUCAGUUAAAGCCAGGGCAGACCUGAAAAGCUUUGCUUUAAAGUAUUUCGAAUUACACUCAUCGCCAUUCGAAGAAUCCAGCACAACCACCUUUAAGUCGAAGAGAAGUAAAUUUGCUGUUGCUGAAAACGUGUUCGUCCGAGACGUAGAUGUUGUUGAAGCUUGCUACUUUCUCCUACUGAGUGAUCCGAAGUUUUACAAGCAGAAAUGGAAGUGGAGUGGUUUCAUCAAAAGCUACUCUAUAUCCAGCGACAGCCACGUUGUUUGGCUGUCUUGUCAUAUCAUUGGAAUUGUGUUAAACCUAAAGGAAUCAGACUUAAAAGCUUUGCUAGCCCAAAGGCUAAGCCAGGAGGACAUAUUAAGGCUCAGCAUAGAAUUUGAUAGGGACUCGAGUUUUACUAGACACCCACAGGACUCACAUUCCUUGGACCAGAAGCCUCCCAUUCCCUUCAAAACUAAAACCAUUGGUGGAGUUGAGAAAAUAGCAGGCAUCUAUAUUCCAUCCCUGGAUGGCCCCAAAAAGAUGCUAUUAUUUGAAGUUCCUUCAACUUUUAACAAUUUGCGAAAAAUCGCCCUUGGCCUUUCUUCAGGCAGGGCUUUGUGUCUUCAAGGCCCCGUUGGUUGUGGCAAAACUGGAUUAGUGGAACAUCUAGCGGCUUGUACUGGUCGACAACUGGGAGAAAAUUUCAUCAAAGUUCAACUGGGAGAUCAAACAGACAGCAAAAUGCUACUGGGGACCUACAGGUGCACCGAUACUCCUGGGGAAUUCAUUUGGCAACCUGGAGUGUUAACGCAGGCGGUUCUUCAAGGAAGCUGGUUGCUUUUGGAAGACAUCGACUUGUCUAGUAUGGAUAUAGCGUCUGUUUUGGCGAGUUUGUUGGAAAACAAAGCACUAACUGUACCGGGUUACAGGGAUUUGGUUCUAGUUCCACCAGGGUUUCAACUGUUCUUAACGCAAAGAGUAACCACCACAGUCACUGGACAACAUCAGAAACGUUACUCAAACGCUAUGCAGUUAUUAGAUAAGCAACUUCUGAAAAUUACUAUCGAUCCCUUAACCGGCGCUGAGUUGAAGAAUAUUCUUCAUCGAAAAUAUGCCCAAUUUGAUACAGUGGCUGAAAGGCUAGUGAAAGUGUUUCAGCUUUUUUCCAAUGCAAACAGUGACGAAAUUUUAUCACCCCAUAAGCGCGGCAGAUUGAUAUCGACGAGAGACUUUUUCAAAUGGUGCUCAAGAGCGGCGAUAGAUUACGAUGUAAAAAGUCAAGAAAGUGCCCUUAAGAUUUUGCAGGAUGCAAUUGAUGUGUUCUGCUGCUCGCUGCCUGAUGUGGAAGAUUCCCUUAAUUUAGCCAAAAACAUCAGUUCUCAUUUGGGAAUAAUUAUCCAUAAGGCAGAAUAUUUCUUCAAAAACUACAAACCCACUGUGAGGCUUAAUACUCACAGCUUUGUCUCAGGACGCGCGACUUUGGCUAGAGAACACUCCACGUACAGCAAACAGGCCCAGUUUUGCUUUACCAGACCGGCGGCUGUUUUAUUGGAGCGCAUUAUGUGUUGCGUGAUGCUAAAAGAACCAGUUUUGCUAGUUGGCGAAACAGGCACCGGAAAAACGUCCUCCAUACAGUAUUUGGCUCGCACUUUAGGAAAGAAACUGAUUGUGAUCAAUAUGAACCAGCAAUCGGAUUCUGCAGAUCUACUGGGAGGCUUUAAACCAAUUGAUUUGAAGAUAAUUCUCGGUCCCUUGAGAAGGGAUUUUGAAGCAGCAUUUAGAGAAUUCUUCGACACAGAAGCAAACAAAGAGUUCCUCAAAAAGGUGGCUUUCGCCUUCAACAAACAAAAAUAUUCCUACUUGGUUUCUUUCAUGAAAAAGAGUACCGCAGCAGCUCUGAAACGGAUAACUGGCUCACUGGAAGAGGCUUCUGAGGCAAUCAAGAAACAACGGGACGAGUGCCUCUUUGUAAAAUGGCAAACCAUCAGUGAGAAGCUGAGAAAAGUGGAGGCACAAAUGAAGCAUAGUAACGCUCUUUUCUUCGCGUUUAUCGAAGGCAGUUUAGUGAAAGCGGUUCAGGAAGGAUCUUGGGUGCUUUUGGAUGAAAUCAAUCUUGCGAAUGCUGAAACAUUGGAGUGUUUGUCAGGGUUAUUGGAAGAUUCAUCCGGUUCGUUGUGCCUGCUAGAGCGGGGAGACAAAAAGCCAGUAAAGCGACACCAAAACUUUACACUGUUUGCCUGCAUGAAUCCUGCUACAAAUGUUGGGAAAAAAGACCUUCCCGUAGGCCUUCGAAACCGGUUUACCGAAUUUUUCGUCCAAGAACUAACGGAAAAGUCCGAUUUAAUACUCCUGGUUAACAGUUAUCUACAAGCCGCCUGCUUAAAUGAGACGGUUGUUUCCAGGAUCGUGGAUUUUUAUUUGAAAGUUAGAGCUGAAAUGGUGUUGUCGCUAAGUGAUGGGAUGGGUCAUAAGCCACACUUUUCCCUGCGCUCUCUAUGCCGAGCUUUGAUGAUUGCCUCUAAAAACCCCUGCGGGAAUAUGAAGAGGAGUUUGUACGAAGCUUUUUGUCUGAGUUUUUUGACCCAGCUGGACGCUGAUUCGUAUAUAGCAGUCCAAGAUUUAAUCACCACAUAUAUAGUUAGCACUGAGAAACAGCAGCUCAAAUCUGUUCUCAAUCAGCCAAUUUUGGAACCGAAAGAAGCUGACUGCAGUUUUCUUCAAUUUGAAGACUAUUGGAUAAAGAAAGGUUCUUUGGAGCCGCAAAGUCCCGAAAACUACAUUUUAACCAAGUCUGUGAGGAAAAAUUUGAAAGAUCUUGUUAGAGUUGUAUCUAUUGGCAAAUUGCCAGUGUUAUUACAGGGGGAUACAUCGGUAGGCAAAACCAGUCUUAUCACCUACCUAGCCAAAUCAAGCGGCAACAAAUGUGUCAGGAUCAAUAAUCAUGAACAUACAGACCUCCAAGAAUACAUUGGUUCAUAUGUGGCCGAUGCCUAUGGGAAAUUAGUGUUCCGCGAAGGAGUUUUGGUUGAGGCAAUGCGAAAGGGACAUUGGAUAAUCCUGGAUGAGUUAAAUUUGGCUCCUACCGAGGUUUUGGAAGCCCUAAAUCGAGUUCUGGAUGACAACAGGGAGUUGUUUAUACCAGAGACACAGGAAACUGUAACGGCUGACCCUAAUUUUAUGCUGUUUGCAACCCAGAAUCCCCCCGGUGCUUACGGGGGUCGCAAAAUGUUAUCCAGAGCUUUUAGAAACCGAUUUGUCGAACUGCAUUUCAACGAAAUUCCUGCUGAUGAGCUAGAGACCAUUUUGCACAACCGAUGCGUUAUGCCACCGAGUUAUGCGCAACGAAUGAUCAAAGUGAUGACUGAACUGCAACUUCGUAGACGAGGGUCAGCUGCUUUUGCUGGCAAACAAGGCUUUAUAACGUUAAGAGACCUAUUCAGAUGGGGCGAUAGAUAUCGGCUUGCCCAGAUAUCGUCAAAUCUACACGAUUGGAAUCAGCAUUUGGUCGAUGAAGGCUAUUUGGUGCUAGCUGGAAAAGUGAGAAAAGAGGAUGAAAGAAAGGAGAUUUGUGAAGCUUUACAGAAACACUGGCAAAGAGAAGUCUGCUUGAAUAAUCUGUUUUCCUUACAUGAGAAAACAUCCCCUGUUACAAAGCACAUUCUGCAAAAACUGGAGGAAAAUAGUUCGAAAUAUCCCAACAUUGUUUGGACAUUCAAUAUGCGAAAGUUAGCAGUUCUAGUUGCGAAGGCUUUAGAGUUCAAAGAGCCGGUUUUGCUGGUUGGUGAAACUGGCGGUGGAAAAACCACGAUUUGUCAGCUCAUUGCAGAAAACAACGGACAGGAAUUAGCCGCUGUUAAUUGCCACAUGCAUACCGAAAGCAGUGAUUUUAUUGGAGGCUUGAGACCAGUUAGAGAGCAUUCAGAUAAAAAGGCACUGUUUGAAUGGGUAGACGGGCUGCUAUUAGUCGCCAUGCUGAAGGGAAACGUUUUUCUGGCUGAUGAAAUAUCACUGGCUGAUGAUAGUGUUUUGGAAAGGCUCAAUUCGCUACUGGAACCAGAAAGGACUUUACUCUUGGCUGAAAAAGCCAUUGACUUGAACAAUCCCAAUAAUUCCGAAACAGUUGUAGCUCAUGCAGAUUUUGUGUUUAUCGGCACCAUGAAUCCAGGCGGUGAUUUUGGCAAAAAGGAAUUAUCUCCGGCCUUACGAAAUCGCUUCACGGAGAUCUGGUGUGAUUCUUGUACAGACAGAGGAGAUCUGAUACUGAUUAUCAACAGGAAUUUAACCAUUAGUUCUGAGUGCGAUUUUGGUUCAAAAAUGAUGGAUUUCAUUGAAUGGUUCAGGAGCACGGAGAUUGGUAAAAGAUAUACCAUUAGCAUACGAGACAUUUUAACGUGGGUCAAUUUUGUAAAUCAAUGUUCUGCGCAAAUGACUCCAUAUGAAGCCUACAUACAUGGUGCCCGCUUGGUAUUCUUGGACAGCAUGGGAUCGGGUGCUACAAGCACUGAAAAAACAUCCUCUUUGAGAGCCUUUAAGUACGCUUGCGAAAAAAUGCUCAAUGCUCAAGUAGCUGAAAACGUACCGGAAUUAGAAUCCGGAUCAAGCAAAGUUAUUUCCAACAAUUCCCAGUUCGGUAUUACGCCCUUCUUUAUCGCUUUGGGCGAAGAACCACUUGUAGAAGACAUGUUUUCAUUCGAGGCUCCGACCACAGUAGCGAACACGUUAAAUCUGUUAAGAGGGAUGCAGUUGAAUAAGGCUAUUUUGCUGGAGGGAAGUCCAGGAGUUGGAAAGACUAGUCUGGUUACAGCCCUUGCUAAGUGUUCAGGGCACCGGAUUUUCCGUGUAAAUUUAUCUGACCAAACUGAUAUCUCUGACUUAUUCGGAGCCGAUCUUCCAGUUGAGGGUGGCACUGGAGGUCAAUUUUCCUGGAAAGACGGUCCACUUCUCCAAGCCCUCAAAGAAGGCAGCUGGAUUUUGCUGGACGAACUAAAUCUUGCCUCGCAGUCGGUUCUGGAAGGGCUGAACGCUUGUUUGGACCAUAGAGGAGAAAUUUUCAUUCCAGAAUUGGGGAAAACGUUUCAUGUAAAAACUGGUACUAGAUUUUUCGCCUGCCAAAAUCCCAUGAAACAAGGAGGGUCCCGUCGUGGUCUUCCAAAGUCGUUCCUUAAUCGAUUCAUUCAAGUCUACGUGAGUCCAUUCGCUCCAGAAGACAUGGAAGUGAUUCUGGGCAACCAAUUCCCAAACAUUGCCAACGAAACAAUCAAGAAUAUGAUCGAAUUUAACUAUAUAUUGGCUGGCGAACUUGACCAGCAUUUGUUUGGCAAUAAGGGUGGUCCGUGGGAGUGUAAUCUGCGUGAUUUGACGCGUUGGUGCCAAGCGACUCUUUACCACUUUGAUCACAAUCCUUGUGAGGAUCGAGCGAUAAGUCCGGAAAGCACAGUUCAGUUAAUCUAUGUGGAUCGAAUGCGAAGUGUUGUUGAUAAGGCUCAAGUGGAGCGCAUCUUCCAAGAAGUCUUCGGCCGCUCUAUCAAGGGAUCAAAGCCGAUGAGUUAUAUUGAGGAAGAGACAGUUCAUUUUGGCGAUGUGGAGCUGAAAAGGGAGCAGGACCAUCUGAAAAACCACGAUUUGUCUCAAAACCAGGGUCAAUUAAUUCUGCGAGAACAGCUGAGUACUUUACGGAGCUUAAGCUACUGCGUCAACCAAAACUGGAUGGCAAUAUUGGUCGGUAACUCGGGCGUUGGCAAAAGCAGCGUGGUUAAAACUUUGGCUAAUCUUGCCGGAAAAACUUUGAAAACUUUGCCGGUGACUUCAGCGAUGGAUACAACGGACAUUUUAGGCGGUUUUGAGCAGACUAAUUACAGUCGACAUUUGGAGGAAAUUGCCAAAGAAGCUGAACGUCAAACAUUGGCCACCGUCCAAAGUCUCUUAAUGGAAGAAAAGUUCAAUAAAGCCGCACUUCUGCUGGAACAUUGGGAGGAAUAUCUCGCAAUUUCAGAUUCGACAGGCCAAACCAUGGAAGAAGAGGUGCAAUUGUUUAUAAGAAGGGUUUCCAAGCUGGAGGGAUUACUCAAGGAACUGUACAUGAAAUGCAAUAGUACAGACGACGGAAACGUAAUUCUGCAUUUGCUCGAUAAAUGCUCCAAGAUUUUGGACCGAGUGAAUGGAGAUAAAUCUUUGAGCGCCGGAGGACGCUUCGAAUGGGUCAAUUCGAUCCUAGUUAAAUGCUUGCAAGAAGGAUCUUGGCUGCUUGUCGACAAUGUAAAUCUAUGCAGCGCGGCCGUUCUGGACCGCUUGAAUGCACUUUUGGAACCCAACGGCGUUCUCACUAUAUCGGAAAGGGGCGUCGAUGAUGAUGGUAAAAUGUUCGAAGUCAAACCGCAUAAAGAUUUUCGAAUAUUCUUGACCAUGGAUCCCAAAAACGGUGAAAUAUCAAGAGCCAUGCGAAAUAGAGGUGUGGAAAUUUACAUGCUCAACUCCUCCGACGCUUCGUCGUCCAACCAAUACGACAUCAAAAGUCUGAUCGAUCUGGAAGGUCUCUCCAACCCCAACCAUAUAGCGGUUCUCCUGAAAGUCCACGAAUUUAUAUCAGGAUUGAUCCUAAGCGAUCAACCAAAUACCACGGAAAUACUGAGUUGUGCCUCGUUAAUUUCGCAGCAACUGCAUCAUGGCAUUGAUGUGUUUGAGGCGUUUUGCACUACUUGCAUUGAAGUUUACUAUAAAACCAGAAAUCCGUCCGAGUUCAACUGCAACAACGUGUUGGAAGUGAUCGCUGAAGGGAUUAAACGGUGUUUCCAGGAAAGUGAACUGACGGACUUUUACAAUCGAAACGUUACUCUUAACACCACGAACUUUGCAAAAUGGUCGAUGCUAGAGAAAGUGAAACAACAAUCCGCGAUUUAUCAAUCGGCUUUGAAGAGGUUUAAUCAGGAGAAGCCACUGGAGGUUUUGAAGCAAAGUUAUCGAAAACUAGGCAAUGGACAAGAUGUAUCCAUCUGGCCUGAUAUAGAUCAGGUGAAGAUCCAAAAUGAUUUUUUUGCCAGCAGCCACUUCUACACUUUGGCCAAUUUGCUGGUGAUCGAUUACACUUUAAGCUCGGACGAUGACGUCGAAUACCGCACUCUUUAUCUGCGGACCAUCACAAAUCAACCAGAAUGGCAGGGGGCUUUGGAGCUUUUUAGUAAAAUCACCAAGUACUUCCAGUGGACAAAUUCACGCCUCCCGUAUGACGAUAGAUGGGUGAACGACAGAGGAAUUAACAGCAGCUCCAGCAACGCGAUAAAUUACGCCCUACAGAUCGAGCUUCACAAGCUAAAAGACGCUUUUCAAAUCAAAUACGGCAUCCAAAACUCAUUGUACAAUUAUCUACACGCCUUGAAAAAACGACAAGUAACUGAUGCAUUUACCAGUCCCAUUUGCUCCUACUAUUUAGAAUUGCGCUCCGAACACUUCAUGUUUAUGAGACAGUUGUGUACACACUUUACGAAGGAUGGCAGCUUGAACCAGACAGUGGUUAAAGUUUUGGAACUUUUAAGUUGGCGACAAGCUUUGCAAGGUUUCCUCACUAGUGUGCGGGUACCCAAUCAGGCGCAGAAAUCUCCAAGAGCUUUUCAAAACAAACUGGAAGCUUUGGCUUUAUACUAUAAAUGGUUUUAUAAGUAUUCAGUGGCAAAGGUGGCCGAGCUACUCAACACAAAGGUUCCCGACUCAUUGAAUAGUAUUUUAAUCAGCAUCAACGAACACUUGGAAGAACACUUCUCGAAAAGCUACAAAAUAGCUGCCAACUACAAAAAGUACAAUAUCGUUCCAGAAUUUUACACGAUGGAUUGGCAAUUGGGUGCCUUGGAGCUUUUGCAAUCCUAUGACUUAUUUAAUCCAUCCACCAAUGUAAGCAGAACGCUGGCCUUAUUCAAGCGCUCUCAAGAAUUCCGAAGUACAUUAAUUGGACUGAAAAGCAACAUUUAUUCCAACGCUGACUUGAACAGUGAACUGUCUCAGCUGAAAACUUUCAAAGAUAACACUUCGACCGAGCAAUGUUUGCAGAUACAAGAACGAGAAAUACUGCCUUUAGUAGACGCUCUAACCGAAAUGCUUUUGCUGCAAAUAAUCAAUGCAAUCUAUGCAAAAAAAGAACUAAAUCUGGCUACUUUGGACAAGAAUAUCUUAGUGAAUGUGGAUUUCAACGGCGCUUUAUUGAAGUAUAAAGCAACGGGAAAUGAAAGAUUCCUUCACGAAAUUAAAAAGGAAUUCUACUCAGCCGCUGCUAACUGUCCAUCAGCUCGUCCAAGUAAAUUUAUUGAUGGAGCGUAUAAUGCAGAAAUCGGUUUGUCGAUUGCUGGAGUUGAGCCAGUUUUUUCGAAGACGAUCAUCCAACUACUAGUUGAUUUGGAGAAUAAAUGUGCCACGUUGAGCAACUUCAAAGCUGUUGAAGAACAACGCGAAUUUUUAAGAUUGCUCGUAUGGGACAAUAUGCAUGCUUUAUCCAGUGAGCCGUUUGACUUUAUAAACAAUCAACAUACUCUGUUAAAAAACAAUUUGAAGAACGUGCUUGACCGCCUGAAAAACUGCUUAAAACUGUCCAAUAUAUCAUUGGACGAUUUUUCAUAUAAUGACUUUAAGGACCUUGUUUUGAGGAAAACUAUCGAACAAGUUCAAUCGAGUUAUCAUAAGUUUAAGACGGCAUUGGCUUCAACACAACGAGAAGAUUCUUCCUUCUCCUACAUAGCUGAUAUUCACUUGAAUUUAGGCUUUGCUGAGCUUUAUUUAAAUUCUCUAUUGCCGCGAGUUGAUCCAUUGGCUAAGAAAGCAAUGAAGAAGAACCAUAUAGUUUCGGUCAUUAGCAUGUUUGAACAAAUGAAAUUGAGUUUUGAGUCGCAAAAUGCAGUGUUUAGCAAUGAAGAUUACAAGCAUCCCUACGUUCAACCCAUUAAGGAAAUGAUUGAGAAUUUGCAAUCCAGAUUGCAAAAGUGUGGAGAAAGCAGCAAUAUCGGAGUGAAAUCUUGCUCUUAUAACCAAGUUGUGCAGCAAGUUACUCACGCAAGAAGCAGCAUUUUUAAACUGACUGUCCUGGAUGACAUCAACGAUUGCACGAAAAUGGUUGAAAAAUUGCCAAAUCAGCCAUACAGUGAAGAAGUGAUGAACAAAAUCCAGUACUAUAUCGAUAUUUUCGAAUCCAGUGUGCCCAGUUUUGAUACAAUCAUCCAAGACUGGAAUCAACUUCGAGGCUUUUACCCGGACAUAAUUGAACCUCUGCUCGGGAAUAUUUUCCAAUUUUUGUACGGUUUUAAGCUGAAGUUAUUCUGGAUUAAGCGCGAAGUCCUCAAGUUCCAAUACAACAUUCAAUUUAAAGUAAACCUAGAGAACGAGCUGCUUAAACUAGCGGAAUUGCCAUCGUUAAACGAAAAUGUUGCCACUCUCAACGUCCUUGUUGAGUCUCACACAAUACAGAGAGAGGGCCCUUUUAUGAAUUACAUUUUAUGCGCUGAACAACCAGCUUAUGUUAAGGAGAAGGAAUAUGUGAGGCUGCUGAAAUGCGAAAUUCAAGAGUCGUUUAACCAGUGCAUAAUUAGCGCGAAGACUUUCCGCAAAAUUGACCAAAACUUACUAGGAAAAUUCAAUGAAUUAGUGGAGACCUUUAUAAGCCUUUGGAAUGCUCAGCAGGAAAACAAGGAAAGGGAAAAAGCCGAAGCUGGAAGUCUCUAUAAAAUGCGAUCAAAAUGUGACGAUAAAACUGAAGAGGAACUAAUCGAGGAAGAGCUGAAAGAACUAUUGCCGAACCAUCACGUCCUAGAUUUUUCCGAUCUCCAACCGCAAAUACUAUCCGACUCUCCUGUUGAAGUUGAAGUUGAAACUGACUAUAAGAGUUGCGGCCUGAUGACCGACGAGGACUUAAUGUUCGUCGUUGACCUUCAUUCGAAACUUUUCAAGAACUUUAUUAGAGCUGAAUGGCUGAUUCCGGAACCCAACAAGCAUAUUCUGCCGGAUUACGUGAGCCCUUUAAGGGAAAAGUACAAACUGGCGAGACGGUUAAUGGAAAACCACCCUAACUACUUUCAGUAUACUUUGGACAAACAACUCUGUGCAAGUUUGGCUGUUUUAUUAGAAGUUUCCGGGAAAUAUGAUGCCAACGAAAAGCAUGUAGAACCGUUGUCGCCAAAGAUACAUAAUAAGAAAAUCAAGGAUUUUUACAAAGACUCGGACGUUGAUGAGGUAAAACCGUGUCUUAAGGCGUUGAAUGUACUGAAAAGUAAAGUAAACGAACUUCUAGAAGAAUGGCCAGAACAACCCACCUUGAAGACAAUUCUGCUGAUAAUCGACAGAAUUUUAAAUUUCGACAUCAAGAGUCCCAUAUCUAGAUUCCUCACGGGCUUCGAUAUUCUUCUAUCUAAAUGCCAUGAAUGGGAAGAAGUGGCUCACAGCGGCGUUAGUCUGAGAAAUUCGACUCCAGAACUCACUGCUCAGAUUAUCACAUGGAGAAAAUUGGAACUGAGUAGAUGGAAGGACUUACUAAGCACCACGUUCACAGGACUGAACAAACCAUUAAGUAAAUGGUGGUUGUACAUGUACAAUCUACUAAAACAAUACUUGCACAGCGACGAAGUCAACAAAUCUCAGCUAAUAGAUACGCUGCAAAGCUUCAUCACGAAAUCGCCUAUUGCGGAGUUCCACGGCCGUUUGGAAAUGCUUUUGGAAUUUCAUUGUCAUGCGAUUGGCUUGCCCAGAAGCGCGAAGUCCGCUUUGUUUAUAAGCAUCAUUUGGAACGUUUACAACUAUUUUAAUCAGUUUUCAACAGUGAUCACGAAUAAAAUAAAAGAUCUGCGAUCGCCGAUCGAGCGAAAGUUGAAAGACUACCUGAAAAUCGUGCGAUGGAAAGACAUCAACUACUGGUCUAUUAGAAACACCGUGGAUAAGACGCAUAAAAUGUUGCACAAGUUUGUUAGGGAGUAUAAGGGUGUUCUAUCGCAACCAGUGACACCAUUUUUAACCAAUCCGGUCUCAGAAAAUCUAAUCGAUAAUGUGGGCAUUUGGGACCGGCCGCAACGCCAAAAUCCUAAACCCUACCACUACACUCUUGAUGCGGAGUCCUACAUGGCAAAAGCGUCGAUCAAGGACUUCGCCUAUUUAGCAAAAGCUCGCAAAAUUGCCAAGGAAACUAUUUUAAGCACCGAGUAUCCAGAAUUACUGAAGUGUUUAGAUGGUUUUGUGACCGAUGUGAUCGAAACCAGUUCACAUCUGAAGAACUUGGAAAUUGACACAUCUUUAACGAAAGCGAAGCAAAAGUCGCAAGCCAAAACGAUUCUCAAUCAAAAACAUCGAGCUUUAGCAGAUCUUUUCCAAUCGUUGACCAAGAUGGGGGUUUCGUUCAAAACAGGACUGAUCGACAUGAAGCUGAAGAAUCCAGCCGAUAAUUUCACGAUAAAACCGAUUGAUUUAUCCGCGAGUUUAACAUUUUUAGGCUUGAAUUCCAUGGAUGGAAAGAUAUUAACUAUCUGGGAUUCCUGUGAGUUGUACUAUUACAGAUCCGUGAUGCGCUGCGAAAUAUUGCAUAGCGCCCUUUUGACUCCAGCCCCAGAUUUGGGUAUGCAAAAUAUUGAGCGAUGCCGAGGAUUUGCCGCACAUUUACUGACGAUUUGCCAGCAACAGAAAGUCAACCUUAUCGAAGCCACGCAGAGUCACUACGUGCUACGUGGAUACGCGAAGCAAAUGCGAGAGUUUUGCGAAUAUUCAUCGCUGAUCUCGUUCAAAACGCUAGAAGAUAUCCAGGAAGUUUUAGGCUCACUUGCGGUAGUUACCAGUCAGUUGCAGCUCAUGGUGAAUUCCUGCCCAGAAGAACAGACUCAGGAAAGUCAAUAUAUUGCCAUACCCCAAUUGAAACCAGAUUCAGAUAAACUGAAGCGAAAAGACGACGAAAACUGGAAGAAAGUCCACAAAUCCCUGAACGGCAUUACUUCCUUGUCGGCGAAAAUGUUACAAGUUAUGCAUAAAAAUGCAUACUACCAACCGCAUAUAAGCAGGGACGUGGUAAAGCCGGAACUGGUGCCAUUUGCAAACAAAGGCCAACUUUACACGGACUUGCAAAAGCUUAACGAAUACUUAAACAACUUGAAGCUCAUAUUCGAUCCAAUAAAGGUUGUUGAUUCAAUAAAAUGGGUAUCAAAAUCGAUUACGCUAAUUCUUGAAGAGGGCUUUAAAGAGCAAGAGUUAGACCCAGCCCCAGAACACGUUGUGGAUGUUCUUCUUCAAAAUUUCACCACAACCAUUCUAAUUAAAAUCCAGAAUGUGUACAAAAAAUACAAAGAACCCCGUUUGCAAGAUGACACAGAGGAAGAAUUGCAACUGAAACCGAACCAUCUUAAAGUUCUGCUAACCGGCAAUUUGGCCGAAGACUUUCAAACCUUUGAUCUUGGCAAUGUCCUGAAAGCAGCAGAGGCAGUUUUAACAGUUCUCCUGGGAAAAUCUGCCCAAGUCUCUGAAAAAAUCAUAAACCAAACCGCUAAAAGCCUCGCCUUAUUCGAUCAAGUUCUUCGGUUGUCCGAGUAUUUUAUUACCCAGCAAGUAGCCGCUUACAGAAUCACUUGCAAGCUGACUUCGAUAUUAAUGAACAUCUUCAUCGAUCUAGCUUCAAAGGGAUUUUGCGUUCCUCCAGAGCUGUCAGACGAAAUGGAUAAGGAAGGCGUGAGCAAACCAUCUAAUGGUAUGGGAUUAGGCGACGGCCAAGGAGAAAAAGAUGUUUCAGACAGAAUCGAAUCUGAAGAUCAACUGGAUGAUGCCCAGCCUGCCAAUCAAGAGAAGCAAACUGAUGAAGAUCCCGACUGCAAAGAAGAGGACAAUGCUAUAGAAAUGAGCGAGGACUUUGAUAGUAAAUUGCAGGAUAAAAAACCAACUGGAGAAGACGAUGAAGAUCAAGACAACCAAGGUUCUGAUGCUGAGGAGCAAAUGGGCGAAACUGAAAAGGGCGCAGACCAGUUGGACCAGGAAAUUUGGGGAGAGGACAAAGAGAAUGAUAACGAAGAAAAUGACGAUUUAGAAGAAAAAGAGGAAGAUGGUAAAGGAGGUGAGAAGGACGGAGAAGAUCAACUGGAAGCGAAAGGCGAUAAAGAGUCGAAAGAAAAGCCGGAACGCAAAGAACCUUCGAAAGAUCAAACGGAAGAAUCUGAAAAAAAUAACAAGGAAAUCAAUGAGAUGAACGAGCCGGAAUUCGAUGACGAACAGACUGAUCCCUAUCACGGCAAUCAACAGGAACUACCUGAGCCCGAGCCCAUGGACUUGCCUGACGACUUACAGCUUGAUGAAGGUGAAGGAAACGAUGGGGAACAGCCAGAGGAAAAUCCGUUCGACAUCGAUGAAAUGAAAGACCAACAAGUUCCUGAAGAUAAACCUGAAGACCAAGACGGACAAGCCGAAGAAGAUCGAACUAACGACGAGGAAAAAGGGUUUAGCAGUGACGAUGAAGAUGUCACUAGAAACGAGGGAGACGACAACAUUGAAGACGAAGAAAGUGAGUCGCCCAACGCUGACGAGAAACCACCCGAACCAGAAAAAAUUGAAGAAGCAUCUACUCAAGAUGGCGAUGAACCGAUGGAACAAGCCAAUGAGGAAGAGAGUGCUUUAGACGAAACUCCAUCCAACCAAGAAAAUAUCGAAGCGAUGCAAGCUGAAGAUAAAGGCGCUACUGACAAGACGCAAGCAACGCAGGCAGAAAACAUGAAGUCUGAACAGCCAAUCGAUGAUAUUUGCCAGGAAGACAAGCCAGACAAGGAAGGAAUGGGACAGUCCCAGAUGGAAGAAAGCGAAACCGGGCAUUCUGUCCAAAGCAGCGCCCAGCAAGAAGCAAAAACUUCCAAUUCGGAGCAGGAGAUGGAGAAGAAGCGCAAGGAACGUCCCGGACAGUCCGAUCUGAAGCGCAGUUUAGGUGAUGUAAAUGAGCCGGUUGAGAAGAGACUAAAGACUAUGGAAGCCAAAGAAAAUGACAAUUCUCCGCAAGAGGAAGCAGAUGAGCAACAAGCUGACAUGUAUCAGCAUAUUCAAGAGGCGACAAAAGAUAAGACUAAACAGGUAUUAGACGCCGCUACUAAAGAUCAAGUGGAUGAGCAGAAAAAGGAAGCUGUUCAUGAAGAGAAUGGGGCUGAUGAUGAGGAAAUGGAAGUGGAUGGUUCCAAUGAAGUUCCCGAAGACUAUGAGGAGGAAGUAAAGGAGGCUGUUGCAGACACUCUGAAAGAGAACAAGACCAAGAGCGAAGGGAAUACAAAACAAAAACGGCAGCACCCUGAAGGAGAGGCUGUCGAAGAAAUUGCUGAUGUGGAAAUCGAGGGCGAAAUAGUGAAAACGUUGACUGUGUCCCGUGGUUUGGAAUCCUCUUAUCACACUCAAUAUCACCUGCUGCAGGAAAAGACUUUUGAGAAGUUAUCCCAGGAAGAGAUUAACGAAGUUCGAGCGCAGGUUGAGCAAGAGCUUUCCACGUGGAAAUCAGCACCUACCAACAUGGAAGCCGAACAGACAUGGCAGAAGAUUUCUUCCGUUACAUCUAGUCUAGCCCAAGAUUUAUCUGAGCAGUUGCGUUUAGUGUUGGAACCCACUCAAGCCAGUCAUUUGAGAGGCGACUUCAGAACGGGAAGGCGAAUAAACAUGCGAAAAGUGAUUCCGUAUAUUGCGUCGCAAUUCCGCAAGGAUAAGAUUUGGCUUCGCCGCACCAAACCCUCCAAGCGGGAAUACCAGAUUGUUUUAGCUAUUGAUGACUCAGCGAGUAUGGCCGAUAAUCAUUCCAAAGAACUGGCUUUUGAAAGUGUUGCCUUGAUAUCCAAAGCUUUAUCUCUACUGGAAAGCGGCCAAUUGGCUGUAGUUAGUUUUGGGGAAACUACGGAAAUUCACCACAAGUUAACGGAACCUUUCACGGACAAAUGCGGGGUUCAAUUGCUACAAAACUUUCAAUUCGAUCAGCAGAAAACGUAUAUCGGAAAGCUUGUAAAUUUUGUUACCGAAAUGUUUGAGCAAAACUGCACUCAAUCAUCGAUCCCCAAUGCAAAGUUGCUGCUAAUAGUCAGCGAUGGCCAAGGGGUGUUUUCAGAGGGCCAAAGCUUCGUCACUAAAGCUGUCAGAAGGGCCAAAUUGGCCAAUAUUUUCACAGUUUUUGUCAUAAUCGAUAAUCCAAAGAGCCGAAGCUCUGUGCUGGAUAUAAAAAGUACGAUUUUCAAGGAUGGAAAGUUCGUGGGUUUCCAAAAUUACAUGGACCGAUUUCCUUUUCCUUUCUAUCUUAUUUUAAGGGACAUUAAUUCUUUACCGGGCGUGUUGAGUGAUGCAUUGAUGCAAUGGUUUGAAAUGGUCACCUCCCAACAGUAGAUUGACUAGGAUUAAAUUUUAUGGUUCUUAGAUAAAUGUAAUUUUACAAAUUU